AGCCUAUCUUUAUAUCCUACUCACCGCCUGAUGGCUGCGACUGCGGUUAAUCUGCCAAGUGCCGAGGCGGGUGCCGAGGAUGUCAAUCUCCUGUCGGCUACUGUGGUGGCGGGCCUGAAAAAUCUUGGAACAAUUAUCUCGCCAGCUCUUACCAAGACACUGAUUGCCAAUUCCAUGAAACUGACACUCCAUCCAGAUGCAACCAUAGCGCCUGUGCCGGAGAUUUAUGCCUCAAAUGCCGCCUGUGCGAAGCAAAGCGAGUAUGGGGUAGUCACUCUAUACGCCGUGGCCACCAAGCAUGGCUGGGAUGGCCUUGCGCUGCGCCAGCAACUGGAGAACCUCUCGAUCCACAGCAUGGCAGUCGACGAGCUAACCCGUGUCUUCGAGGACAACCGCAAGGACCUGAUUCUCCGACAGCUGCAGUUGGGCCACAACUUCCCCCACAUUACGGACGUCCAGUGGCGCAUUGUGUCCGACGUGAAGUCCUCCACCUCCGACAGCAGCACUGGUGUGGCCAACUUCUAUAUCAAUCUGGGCCACUUCCGGCAGAGCAGUGGCGAGCGGAUCACAGUGGUGGAGUUUGUUUGCAACGCGGAGGAACUGCAAUCUCUGAUCAAUCGGCUGAAGGAGAUCGAAAGGCACUGUGCCCAGAUGGCGGUGGCCUAGGCAUUUGUAUUUUAUUUCUAUACUAAUUUUUACACCCCUAGGAUCAAUAAAUUCGCAAUAGAACUGGAA